GAGAGAGAGCGAGAGCGAGCCCAGAGGAUCCGCUUGCUGAGAUCCUAUUAGGACAUCACGAAUUGCUCUCGGCUGGAGCCACAUUUUCAAGAGCUGUGCGUGUGCAAAAGGUGCGCGCGCGAGAGAGAGGGAGGCGCCACUGGACCGGAAUCCGUUUUUGGCUCGCAUCAACAAGCAGCGAUCGCUGACGGCCGAACCUGCGCGUGACCGCCCAACAUCUCACGAGGCCGGCCAUUGGGCCAUGCCCGUGGCAGAGACGCACGCUCAGCCGUCGGCACCGAGCCGGCCGCAAGACGGCGGAGGGCGGGAGACGUCGGCCGAGCCGGAGAGCAAGGAGCGGACAAAGGAGUGCAGCGGCAGGGAGAGAGAGGGCAACAUGGAACCCCACAACACCUCCACCAUCCUGGCUACUGUCAAGGAACAGGAGCUGCAGUUUGAGCGGCUAACCCGUGAGUUGGAGGCGGAGCGACUCAUCGUGGCAAGCCAGCUGGAGAGAUGCAAACUGCAGGAGUCGGAGACAGCCAGCAUGAGCAGCAUCAGGCUGACUUUUGAAGAUGUCAAAUGGAAGGACUUUAUACGCUCGACAGAUGACUCUUUUCACUGGCGAACGUCGGACGGAGCGACUGGGGAGCUGAGCGAGGAUGAGGGUCGGGUAAGCGUGGGCUCGGAGCUGGUCGACUCCUGCCUCCGUGCCCUGCAGGAGAGGGGUCUCUUCGAGGGGCCUGAUCCCUUGCACAAAGGAGCGGUGUCAUCCAAGUUGAACUCGUCUCCGGACAGCUGCUACCAGGAGACGGGCAGCUACCAGACGAGCAGCCACACGGGGGCCCAGUCACUCUCCCAGACGCUGGCGGGGGGCGGGUUCCAGGCGGGGGCGGGCGCGCAAGCGACAGCCGCGCCCGAGGACAGCGGCUCGCGCACCAUGCUGACGCACAGCUUGUCCGCUCAGCAGCCGCAGCCGCAGCAGCAGCAGAAUGUGUACACGCAGCAGCAGCAGCAGCAGCAACGUGGCGAUCGUGCACACGCUUACACACAGCUUAUGCGGAUGUACGACCUGAAGACGCGUGGCAACGCCGAGCGAGACUAUGAGACCUUCGCCCCAAAGCGCUCCGCGUCACUGCCCCCCAACCGAGAGCCUCCGUACGGCACCGUCAUCGGGACGCACCAUGGAGCGGGGCACAGCCACGGCGGGAUGCCCCGUUCGGCGCACACACUGGUGCACGUGCCGUACGGAUCGCCAGGCCCCGGCGGGGGCAGCCCAGCUCAGCGAGCCGACAUGUACGUUGGCAAACGAGCGGCCGCUCCCUCAGCUGGAUCGGGAAACUACUACUGGCUGUCGUACCAGAACAGCCGCUCGGCAGCGCCGAUGGCGGUGGGCUCGCCAAACCACGCAUCUCCCGCGUCGAGCGCCGCCUCCCCGCUCGCGGGCCCUGCUGCAGCUUACGCCCGGUCAUCAUCGCAGUCGCCGCCGCUGCUGGGCGGCUACGGGAACUCGGUGGCUUCUAGCAGUGGCGCGCCGCCGCCGGGAUCGGCCAUGACGCAUCACCACCACCAUCACCACCACCAGCAGCAGGUCCAGCAGCAGCAGCAGCAGCUGGCCAGGUCAUCCUCUCCAUCGUCGCAGGCGUCGCCAGCGAAGCGGACACCGGGAGGCUCGGACCGGCAGAGCCCAGAGCGGGUGGAUCGGCAGAGGCCUGGAAGCCUGUCUGGUCUCAGGGGAUCUUAUUCAAGCCAGCAGGGAGCGGGGACAGAGGUGCGCUACGUGACGUCGCCCGAUCGCCUCAUCACUCCGAUAUAUGAAGACCAGGUUUACCGAAGUCCCGAGUCUGCGACGCACACCAUCUCGCGCGCCCGCUCCCCACCCGACUACGCCGUGUACAGCACCGCGGCGUCAUCCGCUGUGCACCGCUCGUCCAGCCAGCGCAGCUCGCGUAGCGGCCCAGGUGGGAGGCAGCGAAGCAGCCACUCGGCUUCCUCGCACACGGAGCCUGGUUCGGUGGGCCUGGCGCGCAGGCCCUCGGGAGAAUCGGCGCACAGCAGGCAUCUCAUGCAGCCUGACGGUCGCCUGCGUCGCUCCACGUCCUCCGAGAGCCUGCAGAAGGACCAGGGAGAGCUGGGCUGGCGCGACCCUGACCUCCUGGAGGUCAUCCAGAUGCUCCAGCACAACCUUCCAUCGAUCCAGGGCAACGCGGCGGCCUACCUACAGCACCUGUGCUACCGCGACUCCAACAUCAAAACAGAGGUGCGAAGGCUCGGCGGCGUACCACUGCUGGUGGACCUGCUGGGACAUCCCAAGGCCGACGUGCAGAAGAAUGCGUGUGGGUCGCUCAAGAACCUGGUGUACGGUAACGACGACAACAAGAAGGCGCUGCGGCAGGCAGGGGGAGUGCCAGCCCUGGCAACGCUGUUGCGCAGAGCCGGCGACGCAGAACUGCAGGAGCUUGCCACCGGCCUGCUCUGGAACCUUUCGUCCUGCGAGGCCCUGAAAAUGGCCAUGGUGACGGAUGCACUGAGUGCCCUCGUUGCCUCCGUGGUGGUGCCCUGCGCCGGUCUAGCGAGGGAUGGCGAAUCGGCGAGCGCUCCCCUCGCCUCCCCUGCGCAGGGCAUUCAGUCCCAGGUGUUGCGAAAUGCUACUGGGUGCCUGAGGAAUAUGAGCUCGGCUGGCGAGGAGGCGAGGAGGCAGAUGAGGGAGUGCGACGGACUUGUGGAGUCUCUACUGCACAUAAUAGAGACCUGCCUGGACACAGAAGAUGUGGGAGGAAAGGUGGUGGAGAACUGCGUGUGCGUGCUACGCAACCUGUCCUACCGCCUGGCCGCCGAGACACUGCGGGGUCACGACUGGGGCUCGGGCAGUGGAAGCGGCGGUGGGACGAGCGCCCAGGAUGGAGGCGCGGCAGGACCUGGCGGAGGCGGCGGUGCCGGCGGCGGCGGUCGGACGGGCCGGGCUCGGCAGAAGGAGAAGCCGAGCUGCUGGGGAAAGAAGCGCAAGAAGAAGCCGCUGGAUGAGUGGGAUGGCGUGGGACCUAUACCAGAGUGUCCUGAUCCUCCCCGGGGCCCCGAGCGGCUGUUCCACCCGAGCGUGGUCAACCCGUACCUGGGCCUGCUCAAGAAGUGCGCCAACCCGGCCACGCUGGAGGGCGCCGCAGGUGCACUGCAGAACCUCGCCGCGGGGGGCUGGAAGUGGUCGAAAUACGUGCGUGCCAUGGUGCGGCGCGAGAAGGGGCUGCCCGUCCUGGUGGAGCUGCUGCGCAUGGACAGCGACCGCGUGGUUUGUGCCGUGGCCACAGCCUUGCGCAACAUGGCUAUGGACGUGCUCAGCAAGGAGCUCAUCGGCAAGUACGCGAUGAGGGACCUCGUACAGCGCCUGCCAGAGCCCGUGACAAACAACAGCAUUGCGAGCGGGGUGGUGGGAGGCAGCGGCGGUGGAGGAGGAGGAGGUAUGGCGAGCGGCACAAGCGGCGAUGAAACUCCGGGCGCUACGGCGUCGACGGCAUUGAUGACAGCAGCGCGGGGGGCCGGCGGCAACGGUAACAACGGUCACGGGAAAAUGUGCGCGUCGGAGGACACGGUGGCGGCCGUCUGCUGCGCCCUCAACGAGGUGACGACGCAGAAUAUGGAGAACGCCAAGGCGCUGAGAGACGCCGGCGGGAUCGAGCGGCUGGUGCACGUGACACGCGGGCGCACGGACAGAGUGGACUCCCUUCCCAAGGAUAAGUCACGGAUGUAUGCCAGCGACACCUGGACCUCCUCUAACGGGUUUUCACCGAAGGUCGUCAAAGCAGCGGCGCAAGUUCUGAGUACCCUGUGGCAGUAUCGUGAUCUGCGAGCCCUCUACAAGAAGGAUGGCUGGAGUCAACAGCACUUCUUGGUCCUCAGCACCAUGGAGAGGGAACGGAAUAAACCGCGCGCCGUCUCGCAGCCAGCAUCUCCCACGCGUGCCACCGCCGCCAUCCGCAGCCAGUCGGUGGGCAGUGCCCUCUCCACGGCACGGGACACCUCUAGCUUCCGCGAGUCGCGGCGCUCCGAGUACGAGGCGGUCCGCUCAUCCCCCAGUCACCGUAGUAACCGCCCGGAGCUGCCAGUGAGGAGAGACUCGAGCAGGGGACUCCCCCCCCAGCCUUGCGCCGGCACUUACAGAAGUUCUUAUGCCUCCCAAAAUGUGGAGGAUCAAUCCCACACUCAGACAACGAUGAGAGCGACGCUGGCGGAGAGACAGCGGCGGGGCGACCCGUCACGCCGUGACUACGAGGCGGUGUACUGGACGGCGCGCCCGGCGCUGCCCGGCGCCAACGAUUCGUUCUUCGACGAGCGGCUGCACUUCGCCGGCGACGCGUGCGGGACCCACGCGCGCCAUCCCCCGCCCGGCACCUCGGCCAACUACGUGGAAUUCUACAGCACGCGGCGCGCGGUGGCGCACGCCGCCACCGCCCCCGCCGCCGCCGCAGCAACCACCGGCGCAGUCGCGACCGCCGCCGCGGCCACCGGGAGAGGCAACUACGACUCGCUGCACUACCGCGAUGCCACGGACUCCUGGGUGUGAGCGCCGGUCCGGUCCCGCGCGGAGUUGCCGAGCCGCUGCCUGAGCGUGUGCGUGUGCUUCAAGCGAGAGGAAAAUAAAUAUUUUUUUUUUCACAGGUGUGGUGUUUGCUAGUUGAUACGAUGGCCAACAUUUGCUGAUUGCCAAUGUGUUGGUUUGAUAUGUAGAGUUUAUUUUUUUUCUUUCAUCUUUGGAUUGAUUUUUUUCUUCUCAAGAGUAUUGUGUUUGCUAGUUCACAUAAUUUGCAGACGUUUAAAGGCUGAUUCAUGUCCACCUCCGCAGCCAUUGACUUUAUGGUUAUUAUGCUCGGAGGAAACAUUUUUAUUUUGUUUUAUGAUGUUGAAGAAAAUAAUUUUACUAGACGAGGGGGGGAAGGGGGGUUGUGGAGAAAGCAUUUUAUCUACAUAAUAUUCUGCAUUGCUGUGUGAUGAUACAGCUCUGCGCAAUGUGCGUGUACAAGGGGCAGUUCUAACGAUCUGUUUGUACUGUGUUAAGUUUGGGUCUAAAGACAGCGGACACAUUACAUUGGACCACUGUUGUUGUCUUUAAACAUAAACUGAAGAUUCUGCUUUAAAGAAGGCAGGUAAAGGUUGUGUUUUUUUAAGUGAACAAAUGAAUCAGAUUAAUUUAAUAUUGACAGAUUAAUGGGGUCAGAUUAUAGAUGUGCAAACACAGGGGUAGGUUAUAAGGCCCCUUUUAGGACGUGUGUGUGCAUUCGUGCUUUUUCAUACAGGUGCAUACGUGUGUUGAUACCAAUACGUAAAUCUGUCAAUGGGCGUGUGCACAUGCGUUAACCUGAACUCUGAUGUAAAAUAUUUUUUGUGCCAGAGUGGCUUUAAACUCUUAAUAUUAUUACAACUGUCAUUGGCAUCAUUUUGCUUUUAAUCUUUACCUUGGAAUUUAGUUGCCAUAAACUGUGGCAAUUUAUCUUCUGUACUGCCACUACCUUCAGCCUCUUGUGAAUAUGGUAUUUUAAUUUCAGUCAGAUUUUUUGCAAUAUUUCUUUCACUGUCACCAAACACACAUAUUAGUGAAUUAAAUUGUAUUUGCUAAAAUGAAUUAUGUUGAUGCACAGAUCAAUGAAGGUUAUGGGUGACGUGACAAAGAGAAGACAUUUUAUUUUAAGUUAAAGCAACCCCCCUCCCAACCCUCUUUUUUAUUAAACAUUCCACGCUGUGUGGAGCAUUUGAUUUGGAGCGUACCAUGAUGGCAAACGUGGGAAAUAUGGGCGGAAAACAAAAGGACAUAUAUUGGUGCAUGAUUAAUAAAUUGAAUGGGUUAUGAAACCCAUUUCGUUAUCUGUCCCAUGGCAAAUGAAAUGUGACGUUUAAGUAUAAAACAUUAUCACUGACUUUCAGCGGUGGCUCAUGGCUCUAAUAUGUUGAUAGCAACGACCUUGGCCUCUGCUUUUUCAGUCUCAGGUGACGCGUUCGUGUGGAUUAAUUGACGAUUGGAACACAGUGGCUGUGGUGAUUUCCUCAGCACGUACAGUCUUGUGCAGCUUCCCAGAAAACUGGUCGACCGUUGGGUGACAAUGGUGCAUUAUGCAAGUUGCCUUCGCAUUUCAACGAUUAAAUAUGCCUGUACGCGUCAAACCAGAUUGCAAAAUCCAGUCGCUUCCUGAAAGUGGAGCCGUGAGCUGCCAACUGUUGACUAGAAGUAACGCAAAAAUGCCAAGCCUACUGAUUUUUAAGGGGCAAGUUCCCGAUUUUAAAACCCUUGUGCCGCAUUUUCAAAGCAAGGAUUGCAUCACAACUGAAACAAGAAAACGUAAUUCAUAAUGCGGUAUAUUUAGCCUUGAAAAUGUGUGCAGUUAACGGGUUUAAACAUUACAAUCCUACCACUUAAUCGAUUGGAUUGGCGAGUAUGUAGUAAUAUUGUAAUUUUGUUAAAGUGAGAGGCUGUGAUUUAAAAACGUGCGUUAUCACCAUGUAAUAUGGACCCCAAUCUGUAUUAUGUUUUCAAAUGAGUCGUGUGUGAACGCAUUUUUAUUUUAGUUCAAAUUUUAGCCAUUUAAUGGCCAUUUUAGUUUGUCUCUGUGGUCGAGAUAAAUCAGGUUUCAUGAUUGUAUUGUAUUUACAGAUGUAACUUUACAUUUCUUGCAUUCCAAAUAUCGGGGAAGAUUUCGGCACAGGAGCUUGGGCGUGUCUUUUUUUCUUACCUAAACAGGGUCUUCUACUCGCAAUACAUUGCAGUCACUAAAUGUAAAAAUGAAUGCUUAAUUUCAUUCUUACUCAUUUAAAUUGAGUUGACUCGAAAUAUUUUUUUAUUUAUAUCACAAUAUUUUCAUAAUUGCCACGAUUUUGACAAAUAAUUCGGAUACUAAAAUAACGCAUGUCAUAUAGAUCUCAAAACAAAAUAUUCCCACCUAAAAUAGCUACUGAGUACUGACCAGGCAGAUUGUAUCUGAUUUCCCAUUCAACACCCCGCUCUGUAUAUGAAAUGAAUCCUUCAAAUACCCCACACAGUCUGUGGUGGACUGUACCAUUUUUGUAUGUAAAGGUGCAGUUUCGGCCUAACAAGUCCCCACAUAGUUGUACUCUGUUUGGUGACUGAAGUUGAUUGACAGGUCUCUGUGCUCUGCCAGUUCCCUCUUACAUUCUUUCUUAUUGCCGACAGGAACUCCACGAUCUUCAGGAGACAUGUAGCCAAUCACGGGCAAGCAUUGUUGUCACAUGGCAAUUUAUAAACCAGUCGAUUGCAUUAUGGUUGAAAUCAUACGCUAGGCAUCGUCAUCUUUCUGCUGCAGGAAUUUAAGUGGUUUUGAAAUGCUUAGCACGUUGCUGUCAGGUGGUUCGCUAUGUACAGAUUCACGGGUCUCCUGCUAUUGCCGCAGACAAAAAAUAUAUUUUCUCUGCUUGGGUCAUGUUUAAGAUGGUGGCCUUCAUAGAUAUAAUUAACCUUUGUUUUUUUUACGGUAUAUUUAGGUCUAAUUUAAUUUGAGGUCUUCAUAGUGGGGUUAGUGGAAUUUUGCUAAUUUUGUCCAUCAGACAAGGAACGGCAGAAUAUGCAGAAUAUUGUAGGAGUUCAAACGAAACAUUGGGAUCUUACUGGCUAGAUUUACAUAUAACAAAAUCGCCCUAAAUACACCCAGGCUCCUUGAUUAUUGUAAGCUAAGUAGGGUUUGAGCCUUGUUAGUAAUUAUUUGGGUGACCACAAAGGCUUGCCGUGCAUUGCAGAUAUUGGACUGCAAGGUGUGGCCGGGAAAUGUUGGUGCUGAAUGUCACCCCCUCGUAUGCAUGGUGGAUCUUCGGGUACCCUGGCUUAUUCCCACACAAAGCCAAAAACACUCUUUAAUAGAAUUGGAAAAAUAUCUCAAUUCAGCAGGACGCUGGUGAAAAAGUCUUGAGGCUAAGUGAGUUUUGCCUCGGUAAAUAAGUUUCAUUACCACAAUACCUUGAUAUGAACCACAAUACCUUGUCCUCAGAGAGCAUCAACCAUCACGAAAACUCCAGUUAUCCUCGUAGCGGCUUUUGGCUAACCAUCGAACAAAGAGUGCUUUCAGAUGCUCUUUUGCAGCCGUCUGGAACGCUCUUCCGAUAGUAGGAAGCCACUAAGCUAUGCACUUUUAAAUCUAGAUUUAAAACUCAUUUCUUUACCACUGUUUUUAUGUUUAGUUUGUUGUCCUUCCCUUGCACCGAUUAACACGGUUGGGCUACGUACGUUGCGAAAGAAGUUCAACAUACAUACAUUACUGUAGUAGUAUUAUACAUUCAUGUUGGAAAUGGCAAAUUCAGACAAUGACGUGGAAUUGUACCGAUUGGCCCUGUGCUUUGGUCUCCAUGGCCCACUGUGCAGUUUUCUCUUUCAUGUUGGAUCAGCGGUAUUUUUGGAUUGUGGCUGGCGGAUGGUGCAGAAAGGUUUUGGUACGUUUGCUACUCUAGUGCGUAGCAUGGUGUGUUUGCUGUACUUGAGGGUUAUGGGACUGUGAAAACCCAGCUUUUCGUGGCUGGUAGCAAAUUGGGUAGAGAGAGGGCUUGGCUCUGUGAGUUUUCUUAGCCAAGGAAGUGAAAGUCAAUUUGGCGUUAAUCCCCUAUCAUUGAUACAAACAUUCACAGGUUUUAAACUGAAGUUUCCUGCAUUCUCGUGCGUUGUGACCCAAGAACAAAAAUCAAUACCCCACACUGUAGCUUGGGAAACAUGUAAUUAUUCAUCAACUAGUAUAUUCACAUGUUUUUCAAAUACAUUUGCAUCAGUUAAUGUUCAUUGAGUGACUGCAACCGUGGUAAUGUUUACAUGUAUACGCAACUUAAUUAUAGAAAGGAAAAUUAAUUACUGUAUUGUACUAUUGCAAUUGAAAUUGCCUCAAACAUUUACAAAGUAACUAACACAACUCACCAAAGCCUAUCCGAUGCAUGAUACACUCAAGUUUGUAAGUCCUUGUACCGUAAUUUUUGCUCUGUAUUUAAGGAACAUAUUAAGUCUUGGUAACGCAUGCAUGUGAUAAAACGACAUGCUGUUGGAAAGUAUAGUACAGUACGGAGUGUCGAGUGACACUCAUAGAUGGAGUAAGAACAUUUAACACACUAACUUUUUAAAGCGUUUAAUGUACAAGACAAUGAUGACUCGGUACCCAAGUCUCUGUGCCGUCAGUGAUCACAAUUAAAUGUUUGGAUAGUUGCUGGCAUUAACAGAAAUGGUCAAGUCCCACAAAGGCCUUGGCCUGCCUUGGCUGUGAAAGGUUAAUGAGCCUUGUGGGAUUUUAUAAGUGAAAGGGGUUUAACGUGGGUUGGUGGUGGAGGAUGGGAAUUCGUCUUUUGGCGGAUAGGGACGCUGGGAUGCUUGGAAUGUGCUUGUGAAGGACAGAUGGCAUGUGAUGUAAAUGGUUUGCGGUUUGAGAAGCAAUUGGUUUCACGGUGUAAUUUUAUUAUGAAAUUUACCUUUACACGUGAUUAUGUAGGAGCCACUUCUAAUUAUUUGAGAUAUACACCGUGCGUAUGAGUGCGCGAGUGUGCGUGCGCGCGUUGUACAUUUGCUGUUUUGGCGUGAGGGGUGCUGUACAAACUGCAGAUAAGUGGCACGACAUGCAACUGGUUUAACUUUAUUAUUUAGCAUUGCUGGUUCAUAUAUGGGUUGUAUGCGAUUUCACUAUUGGCUGCCUUCUGUACCUUUGACUUUUUUAUACAUAUAAUGAGACUCUGUCUCGAGCCCGGAAUAUCAGGACAAGCAAAAUAAACCGUGGUCCUGCAGCCUUGGAGCAGACACAACGAUUUCACACGAUGUAAUAAAACUAUGGCACAGUUUAUCAGCAGCAAAACGUGUAUCGAUCAAUGGUUAUGUACAGGAUUCUCGUGAAGGUUUGUUUAGUCUGCAUUUUGAAGGAUAACACAAUGUUUGCGUUGCAUUUGGUGGCCAGGUUGGGUGGAAUUUGAAAUAAUGAAAGGUAGGGACAUGUUUUUUUAUGACAGUACCCUUAACGAUUGAAGUAUUCAUCAUUAUUGCCUCUACCUGUGCGGCCUUACACCUGUGCGCCCUACAUAUGUAUGCUCUACACUUGUGUGACCCUCCACAUGUGCGUCAGUCACACUUGUAUGGUUCUUUACCUGUAUGGCCCUGCACCUGUAUGACACCUCACCUGUACCCCCAUACAUCUUUACAGCGAUGCAGCAUUCAUUAAGGUAUCAAUAUGUAAAUAUUAGUGGAGUGUAACACUUUUGAAGGUUGUUUUUAUUGCCAUCAUUAAACCCAUUGUUUAACUUAAAACCAUCUUUUUAUUGUCCGAGAGAGAACUACUUGGCAUAUAUCAUGAAUUCAAAGCAGGGGCAAUACAUGAUGGGGAUAGUUUUCUAAAGUGAAUCUUAGAGCCCACUGUGAUAGGACUAAAACAAGAUUGAAUGAUUAUGCAGAAAUUAAUUUUUCAAAUGUUUGAGUAAAUACUUUAAUUUUGCGGUUGUCAUGUUUUAUUUUUUACUUUUUUUUAAUUGUGUCAUUUUUGAAAAUGGCUUAGAGUGGGUCUGUUUGAUUACUAUUGUUUGAGGCCAUGGUGCACUUGUGAUAACUAAUUGACAGCUAUGAUGUGACGGCUAUGCAUAAAAAGUGUCAGGUAUGCAUCGGCUUUGGCAGGAUUGUAAUCAUUGGUGUUGGGAUAGAAAGUGCUCUCUGCUCCUCAUGGAUCACAGGAUGAUCCAUGUAUAGAUACCACACUAAAAUGAAUGGCAAACAUGACAGAGAAAACAACAUUUAAAAUUUAAAGCCUCUACGGCUCCCACCAAUCUCAAUACACUAAUGAAGCCUUGUAACAUUCGUUUGUCCGUCGUAGGCAUCACAUUAUUCAAUCACCUUGUUUGGAAGAAAGUAAGGGGAUAAUUUGAAAUCAGUGGAGUGCCUAAAUGGAUCGUGCUGUUUUUGUUCUAUGAAGUGUGGAAGGCGAGGCAGCUAGAAAAAUGCAACAAAAACUACUGUUUUGCACCUAGAAACAGGUAUUCACAUCUGAUGUAAAUAGUGAAUACAUUGUGAAGAAAAACAUUUUUUUGCCCAAAAAGUUCAAUACCACUGACGCAGCAUUCUGGUUUUGCCAGGCUCAACUUUACAUGGCUACCAGACAUUUUACCACGAUUUGUGGCUCAUAACCCAAGUUUAGACUCGACCAGAACCCCAGCUUGGGUUGGGGUUCUUUGCCUGUGAUCACACAGUGUGUGGUACAGGGACCCCGCUACCACAUUGGCUGUAGCAACUAACAGAUUUGUGCAAAAAAAUUGUAAAUUACAUGGUUAACGCGACUCCAACUGGACAUUACAACACCACUAUAGCAACAUGUGCCAAUUUCAUGAAUGAAACAGUAUAUGCUAUUAAUCAUCAUUUUGCUUUGAUUUGAACAGUCGUAACUGUGCUUGGAUAUUGAGAAAUGUAUUACUUAUACCAAAAAGUACACAAAGUAGGUGGUUCGAUUAUUAAUUAAUACGAUGAUAAACAGUGUUUACUUUCAAAAGCAACCUUUGGGUGUUAUAGUACCAGAGUGUGAGCUGCGAUGACCAUGCCCUGUGUCACCCUAUCGAGUUAUGCUCCAAAUUAAAUGCUCUGUGCUGAUCGUCCACCAGGUUGAAAACGAUGGUAAAGAGUAGUGUAUCGGUGCUGUCUGCUCCACGUUUCAACAGCUGUUCUAGAGCUGACGGGUUGAAUCGCCUGAAUAAUGAAUAGGUGAACUCUUAACCAUGACCCUCCUUGCAUAGCCCACGUGGUUCCACUCUCGAUUUGAGUGGUGACUGAGCUGUGGGGCAGAGAACGCGACCCCUAAAUCUCGAUUCGGCCUCCCAUUUUCAUUUCACUUCAAAAUUCACACAUUGGAUAUGUAAGCAACGAGCCGGGAUAGUUCAACCAUGUCCGUUUCUAUUUUUACACCACCAUUUAUGAAAAUGUACUUGUAAUAUUGUUGAGGCAGCAUCAAUAGGCUUGGUUUAAUGUAUUUUAAAGGCUAGGUGUGUGGUGCUGACUUGGGGUCGUAUUAGUUUGUGACACAAGGAGGUGAGAUGGGGCAAUGUUCUCUGUCCUACGAUACCUCUUCUUGUUUCUGAUCAAUGGAUGAGUGGGCAUGGGUUAUAAAUUUAGUCGUUUCUUUGGCAUACUACAGAAUCUAUAGUGCAUGCUCUCAUUGCAUCAUUAAUUCUACAUGGGAGACUACUGUAGAUUCCAAUUUUGCAGAGGACUUUAUUGAGGCCCAAUGAAGUGGCAGUGUUUGGUGUGGCUUUGAAAUCACUAAAAAGCACAGCGGCCCUGAGAAGGAAUGACCUUCAGAAGCGGAGGGAUUUAUAUUCUUUGAUAAUACAUUUUGAGCCGUAGUUUGUUGAUCACCAAACAAGUUCACCUGUUGAGUACACUAGAAAUACAAUACUCUUUUUUAGGUCUUAUUAAAUGAAAUGCUGUCUUUAUAUUAUACUACAACUGUCUAAGAUAGCUGUGAUACUGUUAGAAUGCUGAUGUCAAAUUCCUCGCACAAAGUCGUGGUCAAAACAGGUAACUUAUAAACGCAUCCAUUUUGUUGCCUGAUUUGAGUGUAAAGCUGUGUAUAAUCCAGUCAUGAUGACCCGUCCUAAACGCACGUAAAAGGAUAACAUUAAUAUUCGGAUUGGAUCUCCUUUGCUCACAUUGUUAUUAAGUUUGCUGUAGCCCACCUACUUGAACAGAUAGGUACAGGAUGAGACCGUCUUGUCUACAGCAGUACACAUUGCACCGAAUGCCUUCAGUUGAGAGUGCACAAAUAUUUUAAAGCGGAAACCGUUCCCACUCCCAAUGUCUCCACCACCCACGUCCGACACAUGUCACUGCACACGUGUGACCCUGGCGCAAAACAACUUUUGUGUUGGCACAACCGGGACAAAUAUGGAUUUCCAAUUAUGUCCUGACAAAAAUCUAAUAAUAGUGUCAACCCUCUCCACAUCGUGGAACUGGCCAUGGCUAUGUGGAGCUGUACGUGUGCGGGACGUGGACAUUGGACUGUUUCUCUGCCGGAGUGCGCAAUGUAUUACCGUAAAGACUUUGUUUCACCUUGCCCUAGACACUGCCAUCAAAUUCCAUUGUAUUAUCUCACUACGGCUAAAAUUCUUCAGAACUCGUUAAAUACCAAUGAAGCGGAGGGGGUAAUUUUCUAAACAUGUUUUUGUACCCUUGCAUGUCACACCGUGUGCCCUGUACUGUAAUGUAUAUUGGAAGUCAUUGAGGUAGUAGUUUACAGUCACCCAUUGUUAUUUUGAACAUGCUAUUUUUUCUGUUUUACAUUUUUAUUGUUAUUUUUGAAAUUAAAAAUAAAAAAAACACAUUUGUUCGGUUUUGUAAUGUGAAUGAUCACAAGGUGGUGCACAGCACUUCCAGUGUGCAUUAACAAAGCGACGUGAUAACAAAUAAACAGCU